AUCCCUCAUUUAGACCAUUUAGUAGUCCCAGAGCGAGUGCACACUCACCACACGACACGACACCCCAGUACCACUCACUCACUCAGGGUCAAUUUUUUUAGUACCCACAAAAACAAAUCCAAACCAAACACCUUCUUCUUUUUCCCACAAAAAAAAAAAAAAAAAAAAAACUAAAAUCAAACUCACUUCCUUUCCUGUAUUUCAACGAACUAGUUAAAACUAUUUUUCUUAUUCGUUGAAACUCAACACCACCCCCCAUUAUCAAAACCUCAAAUCAAUCUCUCUGAAAAUCUAGGGUUAGGGUUUGGCUGACUCGAUGGCAGUCUCGACGAGCUUUGCUGGUGCGAAAUUGGAGGCUAUGUUCCUCAAAUCUUCGUCUUCCUCAUCCUCGUCGAGAGCCUCGCUUUCUUCUCAGGUGCCUCAGAUUUCGGGGAAGCCAAUUCGGAACAGGAAAACCCUAAUUCGGAGAGGUGCUGUGAGGUGCGAGGUUGCUGCCUCCGAUGUUUCGCUUCAGACCGAUAAGCUCUCCGCUCUUGAACUGCUCAAAACUUCUGCUGCUGACAGAUAUACAAAAGAAAGGAGUAGCAUUGUGGUCAUUGGGCUUAGUGUUCACACUACCCCUGUUGAAAUGCGUGAAAAACUUGCCAUUCCAGAAGCAGAAUGGCCUCGAGCUAUUGGGGAGCUGUGCAGUUUAAAUCAUAUUGAAGAAGCUGCUGUUCUUAGCACCUGCAAUAGAAUGGAAAUAUAUGUUGUAGCUCUUUCUCAGCAUCGUGGUGUCAAAGAAGUGACUGAAUGGAUGUCAAAGACAAGCGGAAUCCCUGUUUCAGAACUUUGUGAGCAUCGCUUUUUGCUUUACAAUAAAGAUGCUACACAGCAUAUUUUUGAAGUAUCUGCUGGUCUCGACUCUCUUGUCCUUGGAGAAGGUCAAAUUCUUGCACAGGUUAAACAAGUUGUCAAAGUUGGGCAAGGAGUUGUGGGCUUUGGGAGGAACAUUAGUGGGCUGUUCAAGCAUGCAAUCACUGUGGGAAAGCGUGUUAGGACUGAGACUAACAUUGCUGCUGGAGCAGUUUCUGUUAGCUCUGCUGCCGUCGAGCUGGCCUUAAUGAAGCUGCCUGAAUCCUCAAAUGCUACUGCUAAAAUGUUGGUAAUUGGAGCAGGCAAGAUGGGGAAACUUGUGAUCAAACACUUGGCUGCAAAAGGUUGCACAAAGAUGGUGGUUGUAAAUAGAACUGAGGAGAGAGUUGCAGCCAUCCGUGAAGAGUUGAAAGGUGUUGAGAUAAUCUAUAAACCCCUCACAGAAAUGCUAACAUGUGCUGCUGAAUCAGAUGUCGUGUUCACCAGCACAGCAUCGGAAACCCCACUAUUUUUGAAAGAGCAUGUUAAGGACCUUCCCCCUGUUAGUUCCGAAGUUGGGGGUUUGAGGCUCUUUGUUGAUAUCUCUGUACCCCGGAAUGUGGGCUCAUGUGUCACAGAUAUUGAAACUGUGCAAGUUUACAAUGUUGAUGACCUUAAGGAGGUAGUGGCUGCUAAUAAAGAGGAUCGCCUUCAGAAAGCAAUGGAAGCACAAGCAAUUAUUGCUGAAGAAUCAAAACAAUUUGAAGCAUGGAGGGAUUCAUUGGAGACUGUUCCUACCAUUAAGAAAUUGAGGGCUUAUGCGGAAAGAAUCAGAGUUGCGGAGCUAGAAAAAUGCUUGUCAAAGAUGGGUGAUGAUAUUUCAAAGAAAACAAAGAGAGCUGUGGAGGAUCUUAGCAAGGGUAUAGUGAACAGGCUCCUUCAUGGUCCAAUGCAGCAUCUGAGAUGUGAUGGGAGUGACAGCCGGACCCUGAGUGAGACCCUUGAAAAUAUGCAUGCUCUUAAUAGAAUGUUCAGCCUCGAGACGGAGAUAUCUGUGUUAGAACAGAAACUUCGAGCCAAGGUGGAAAAGCAGAAGUAAGCUCCUUUGUCGAAUUUCAUUCAUGCCACAUCUUUUAUUUCCUCAAAUUUGAAUAAGGGGAAAAUUUCCUCACCUUGUCAUUGUGAGUGUUGGCACUGUUGUGAUCUUCAAUUGGAUAAGGCAAACAGCGUUGGCCCCUGUGGGGGGACUCUUUCAGUUCAUUCAUUGGUGUAACACUCUGGCCAAAUUCUUGUUUGGUGUUCCUUCAUAUUUCUCAGCCUUAUCUGUAGAGGCCACUCGGCUAUGUAGGAUACAAAUUGAGGAAUAAUAAGGCGGUUAGUUUAUGUAUCAAUUGAUUGUCCCUAGAGUUUAUUGGUCUGUAUCUGGGAUAUGGUUAAUCCCUGUAAUUAAUAUACUGAUUAUUUCAAUAUGUAGAUGAACUUGUAUUUAAUGUC